AUGCAACCUGUUGGCUUAGAACAGCAAAUGCAGAACUUAAGAAACCUCUUAGCGGCCCCACCCCACUUUCUCAUUCUACAAGGUUUUGGGACGGGUAAUUUAGCCGUGAAUGCCGAGUUGACUGCGCUUUUCGAUGACCUUUACGCACAAGGCUGUGUUGUUAUCUUAAGCACCCAAGUUCCUUUCGGCCGCACUGAUCAGCGCUAUGCCGUUGCCGCGUGGACAACCCAAGCCAAAAUAAUUGUCAGUGAUUGCCUCGGGCAUGCAGAUCUGUAUGCCAAAGCCCUCAAAAUGUAUUUACAAUACCCCACCGCUGAAGAACGUUUCAGCCAUUGGCAUGAUUUGGGCCGUACCGAUGCUGGCGUUCAUGCAACCAAUAUGGUGGCGCAUUUUGAUAGCUCCGCGCUUCGCUCCGAACGUGGUUGGCUAAUGGGCAGCAAUAGCCAACUCCCCAAAGAUAUCUCGAUCCAAUGGAUCAAAGCGAUGGAUCAAGACUUUCAUGCGCGCUUUAAAGCACAAGCACGUCGUUAUCGUUAUGUGGUCUAUAACCAUCCGCAGCGACCUGCCCUGAUGCAUAAACAAGUCACGCAUGCUUAUUAUGCACUAGAUGUGGCGAAGAUGAUGCAAGCUGCGCAA